AUGAGUAAAAAGAAAGCCAAGGAAUGUGAAUAUAGAGUUACAAAAAAAGCAAAACAAAAUCGAGAUGAAUACUAUCGGGCACUACUGAGAUCGUCGAAACAACAGGAUGUUAUUGAUUCAAUACAGGAACCUUGGCCUGCACCAAAAACAAAUGCUGAACGUUGCCGAGCCUACCGAGCACGUCAAAAAGCAGCACGUCAACAAAAUUCACAAGAAGUUAUUGAUACGAUACAGGAACAUUUAGUAGAAGAGGGCAGCUCACACGGUCUAAAUUUACAGAAAGCUAAAACAUCCACAGAACGUGUGCACGCAUACAGAGCACGACAAAAAAAUAAGGACACUGAUAAACCUCGGCCUGCACCAAAAACAAAUGCUGAAUAUUGCCUAGCCUACCGAGCACGUCAAAAAGCAGCACGUCAACAAAAUUCACAAGAAAGUUUGGUAGAGAGUGAUGCCUCCAUUGUAGGUCCAAACUCACAGCAACAAAACUCAAUAAAUAUGCGACAAAUGGAUUUAGACUUUAUCGCCCAUCGUAAUAAUGGUUCAGAUGAAGAAUCCAAUGAAAACCAACCAAAUGUUAUCGUUGUCCACGCUGAAGUGCACAGAGAUAGUUCGCAAUCUAUAGCCAGAACAUCCACAGAACGUGUGCAGGCGUACAGAGCACGACAAAGGAAAAAUUCAACGCAAUCAAAAUCACAGCCCAAAACAGUAGCAGAACGUGUCAGAGAGUAUCGGAAAAGACAAAAAGAAAAAUUACAUGGUGGUAAAAAUCAAACUUAUAAUAUUGAUGAAAACAAUGAUAAUAGUGAGGAUGAAGAUGACGGGGAACUUAUAGUCAAGUGGUGUAUGAAUAUGAUAAAAGGCACUCACAAUCUUCACUUUAUGUAG